CCGCAGUCGAUUGUUUCGCUUGCGACAACUAAACUACGUUGCCAGAUUUCGCGCCCGAGGCUGUAGUGAAGGAUUAUAACAAGCCACAACCGCUGGACUAGUUUCGGAGCCGUCCAAGAUGGCUAAUGGCUGCAGCGCCGCGCUGGCCGUCAUCUGGAUCGCGACGUCGUCAUACGCCCUGACCACGCCCGUGUCCAUGGUGCUGACGCCGAGCACCGGCGGCUUGGGUGUGCAGCGCCUGCUCCCGAGCCUCAAAAAUAAAGUCGCCCCGAAGGCGACGGCCCUCUGGGAAAAAACGACGACGAAAAUCGAAACCAUCAGAGACCGCGUCACGGGCAAGACGGAGCGAGAGCUGCAAGCGGAGCGCGAAGCGUUAAUGGAGGAGGUCGAAUUGCUACGAGAGAGCAACGCCAUGGUCGGCCGGCUGCAGCAGAAGACGCUGGCGGACCUCGAAGCGACGAAGGCGAAAGCCGACGAGGAGAUCGCGUUACUCAAACAGAACACGCUGAAGGAGCUCGAAAGUACGAAGGCCCAGGCGGAAAGGAGGGUCGAGACCGUGCGGCAAGCGGCCGCUUCUGAUUUAUCCGCCGCGCGCGCGGAGGCGAGGUCCCAGGUCGAUUCUGUCAAAACGCGGGCGGAGGCGGAGGUGCGCGCGACGCGCGAGCGCGCCGCGGCGGCGGCGCUGAACGCGCGGUCAUUGGCCAGGAGUCUGGCGGAGACGCGGCUCACGAAGCAGGCGGCCGCGAGCGAGGCGCGCCUCGUCGCGGACGCAGAAACGCGCCUCACCGAAGCUCUACAAGAGAAGGAGUCCGAGAACUAUCAGCAGUUGCGCGCGGCCGAGGCGCGCGCGAGCGAGCGGCUGACGGCGCGCGAGGCGCAGCUGCGGCGCGAAGCUCAAGUCACGACGGAGGAGGCCGUGUCGAUGACGACGGAGCAGUUGACAAACGAGGCCGAAGUGACGCUGCGACGCCGCGAGGCGAAGCUCCGGGACGAGGCUCAAUCACAACUGCAAGAGCAACAGAGGCGCCUCGAGGAGGCCAAGGCCAAGGCCAUCUCGGAAGUUGUCGAGGAAGUCACGUCAUCAGAACGCAAGUCCGCGAGACAAGCGGUCCUAUCUAUAGCAAGACGGGUCCGAGGCAAGGCCAGAGCCGAGGCGUCCGAAGCUGUCGCUUCUGUCAAUGACGAAUCAGAACGGCGCAUCAAGGAGUUAAAGAAGUACAAUGAACAAAGGUUGAGGGACGUCGAGUACGAGAAGGACUCGGAGAUGCUGCGAGCGUUGAAAUCAGCACAUCAACAGAAACGCGACGAGCUCCAAAGGAAGGAAAAGGAGUUGGAGCGGGACGCUGAGCGCGCUCUGGAUGCGCAGAAGGCGUCGCUCGAAGAGGCGGCCAAAUUGAGGGUGGUGGAGGCCGUGUCGGAGGCGGAAUCGAGGGCGCGCGAGACGGCGCGCGGGACGCUGCUCGCCUACGCGCGUCGGAAAGCUAGAGACGCUCAAAAGCUUGUGAGAGAUGCGGCGGACAAUGCCGAUCGUAUUAGAGAGGAGGAGCAGUCGAAGGCGGCCGAGGCGCGGUCGCGGGCAAUUGCUUCUGUGACGGCGGCGCAGGCUCAACUGAGAGACGAGGCCGUGUUGCAAGCGAGGCGCGAAAGUGAUAUGGUUGCGGAAAAGCGCAUCGCUACGUUGGAACACGAGUUCCGGGAGCGGAGCCAGGCCGAGCGCGCGCGAGCCGUCGCUGACCUGCGAGAGUCAUUGGAGGAGGAGAAGCGGGCCGCGGUCGCCAAGGUCGAGGCGCGCCAGCAGGAACAAAGUGACGCGGCCUUGCAGCAGCUGGAGAAGCGUCUCAGCAGAGAAACGGCCCAGAAACUUUCAGAAAGGGACGCGGCGUCGCGAGAAAUGUUAGAAAGAGCCUUAGAUGGUGCCAAGAACGACGCGGAGCAGGCUUUGCUUGAGGCCAGAAAGCAGGCCGCGCGCGAGAAGGCCGAGGCCGUCGCUGAUGUCGAAGAAAUUGCGCGGAAGCGGCAGGACGCGCUGCGGGACGAGGCGUCGUCCCAACGAGACGCGGCCCUCAAAUCUCUACAGAAGGAGCACGCCGCGGCCACGCGACGCCUCGAAGACGCGAUUGAGAUAGAGAAGGACGCGGCCCGGGAGACGCUGCGCGAGCGGCUCGAGGCGGCCUCGAACGAAGCGGAAGAAGCGCGCGCGCGCGCCGUCGAACGAUCUUUACGCGAGGCCGCGCUCCAGCGCGACGCUGCGUUGAAAGAUGCGGCGGCCGUCACGAAUAAGCUACUGGACGAGGCCGAGCGGAAACGGCAGCUAGAUAUCGAGGCCGCGAACGCGGCGCAAGAGCGCGCGGUCGAGGCCGCGCGGCGCGAGGCGGAAGAAGCUUUGGAACGCAAGGACGCGAAUGCUCAAGCCAUGCUCGAGGCGGCGGAGCAGGCCGCGGCCGAGGCCCGCGAAAAUGCUGUCGCCGAGGCCGAGGUGCGCGCCGCGGAACAGCGGCGUCUUGCCGAGGAGGCCGCGGCGGCGGAGGCACAACGCCUGCGGGACGAGCUUGAUGACGCGGAAUUGAAGCGCGAGGCGUUGGAGGAGGAAGCUGCAGAAACCGCCGAGAAGGCGCGGGCCGCGCUCGAGGCCGCCCAGAGAGAGGCACUGGAGGCCGAGGCGGCGGCGCGCGACGAGGCUCAACGUUUAUUGGAGGAGAAGGACGACGAAGCUUCACAGAAGCUCGCGGAGGCGGAAGAGCGCUCUAAACAACUGAGGGACGAGGCGCUGCGCGAGGCGCAAGCGAAAGCGGAGCAGGAGCGCCUGUUGGCCGAGGCGAAGGCGAAGGCCGAGGCUGAAAAAUUGCGGGACGAGCUCGAGGCGAGCCAGCGCGACGCGGCCGCCGAGGCUGAGUUGGCCGCGGAGGCGGCACGACAGGCGCAGGAGGCCGCACAACAACGCGUCGAGGCCGCGGAGGAGCAAGCUAGACGGGACGCCCUCGAGGCCGCUCAGAAACUGGAGGCGGCCGCCGAGGCGCAGCGUUUACGUGAUGAGGAGCUAGCGAGAGAACGGGAGGCCCGCAAGGACCAGAUAUCAAAGCUCGAGGAGGAGGCGCGCUUGGAACGGGAGCGGCGCGAGGAGGCCGCGCGAUUAGCUGAAGAGAAGGAGCGGCUCCUCGAAGAACAACUCGCCGAGGAAGCUCGAGCGACGGAGGCCGCCACCCUCGAAGCGCAGAAGCUCGCGGACGAAGCUAGACUUGCCGCCGAGAAGUUGGAGCAAGAAAGAUUGCGGGCUGAAGAGUUGGAGAAGGCCCGGCAAGAGCUAGAAAAUGAUAAACUAGGCCUGACGGCGCAGCGCGAAUCGCUGAAGGACGAGAUCCUGGCCAUGGACGCGGAGUUCGAGGACCAGACGCGAGCGCUGCAGGACGAGUCGCGGGCGGAGUUAGCCAGGCGCCAGGACGAGCUGCGCCAGAAGUUCAAGGAAAGUGAGAAAGAGAGCGUGCGCCAGGCGGUCCAGGCCGCGGAAAUGAGAGGUGAAGAGCUCUCUAGACAGGCGGCGGACGUGGCGCGGGCGGAAGCUCGAAGGGCCGCGGAUGUGGAAUUGGCCGACGCGCGCAAUGAAGCAAUGAGAAGGUUAGAUGAGGAGCGGUCGCGGUUGGAGGCCCAGCUUCAUCAAAACGCCGUCGAGGCGAAGGAGAAAUUAAGGUUGGUCGAGAGCAGCGUCGUCGAACUGGACAAGUCGCUAGCCGAGUCGACGGCGCGCGCGGCCGACGCCGAAGGGUUAUCUGAAAAACUACGUUCUGAUCUCGAGGCCGCCGCGGCGGCCGCUUCUAACGAAGCACAACGCGCCAAGGCCGCCGAGGAUGGAGUGAAACGAGCGACGGCGGAGCGCGACGCCGCCGCGCAACGCGCCGACGCGGCCAAGGCCGCCGCGAAUAAAGCUAGAGGCGACUGGGAGGCCGAGCGCCUGCGCGGCGCGGCCCUCGAGGGCGAGAUUGGAACAAUGAGGGGGCAGUCGAAGGAGCUCCAGGACAAGUUGAGGCGGACGGAGCAGCGGGCCAAAGAACUGGAAAGGAAGGCGGACACGCUCGAGGGCCGGCUGGACGAGGAGCGCGCGGCCUCGGCCGAGAGUUUGGACGAGGCCGUGACGAUCGUCGAGGAGUGGCAGGGCCGGGCCUACGACGCGAUGCGCCGCGUCGACGACCAAAAGGUUUUGGCAAGACGAGCGCGGGAUCUGGCGCGGAUGCUGCGCACCGUCGACAAGGACUCGAUAGAUCGGCCCCUGGACGACGGCGAGACCAUCGGCGGCCUCCUCCAGGACGCCGAGGACAAGUUACUCGCGGCGCUUGUUGCCGAGGAGCGGGCCGCGCUCGAGGCCGAGGAGGCGAAGAAGAAGCCUCCGGCGCAGCCGUCCUGGCUGCCGAAGGCACCAUGGGACUGAUAGAGGUCGCGUGCAGUAAUACAGAAUUGUGUGGA